AUGCCGAAGGCUUCAGGAAAGAAAGGCAGGACGGUGUAUUCGGAGAAACAUUUGGAGUACGCAGUGGAGCAGGUUUUCAUCACUGCCAAUGCUUGUCAUGAACCCGCCCGUCAAGACGCAGGGUCUGUCUACAUAUUCGACCAAAAAUUCCUCAAUACCACCUCCCUCCCCUCUCUCUGGUCUCCCGACACCAUUGCUCUAGACAUGCCUUGA